AACACGCAGUCAGGUGUCGCGCUUCUAUCACGCUACCGGCGACGCCCGCCUGCUCGUCGACGCUCGGUGCUCAUUUAUUUAUAUAUUUAUUUAUUUCUCUUUUUUUUAUUUUUUUUCCAGUCAUGUGGAAGAAAACGUAAGGGACUUGGUGACGUCGCGCGUGCACUCCAGUGUGUGUGCGCGCGCGUGCAUGUGUGUGUGUGUGUGUGGGCGUGGAGGAAAAUGUCAGCGUGCGGCGGACGGAGAAGGAGCCUGGAGCUGCGUGUAUGUGUGUGUCGCGGGAGCACCACGCCACGCUGCUAACGCGGGGGAAAUACAACUCCAGCUGCUGUGGCGAGGUCUGAAGCGGAUAAAGUUGUUCAUGCUCGCUCGCUGUUUGUCAAAGUCAGCUGUAGCGCUGCGUCUUUUCCGCGCAGCAGCCUGGAGAAGGUGAAGCGCGAGCAGCUUCCUGGAUGUGAAGCGGCGACGGUUGUGUGAGCACACCGGACCGGACCGCACCGGACCGGACAUCUCAUUUCGGAAACCCUCAGCAUCCUCCAGCAAUGAUGUAGACUUGGCAACCGCAUAAUGAUGAUGAUGAUGAUGAUGGGUGAUGCAGGGCCUUGCAGGGAGGGGGACCAGUGACUAACACUCUUCCAGUUCUCCACACCUGGCACUCUAUGUCCAUCCUGAUCGGGAGGCCGGAGUGCUAUGUCAUCAACCACACCUCCUGUGGCCCCACCCCUUAAGAAGGGACGGAAGCCGGAGAAGUCGGAGGUGAUGGCCGAGUCGGUGCCAGCCACCAAUGAGGAGCUGAGGGGCAAAAUCAUGGACGUCCAAAUCGAGCUGCAUCAGGAGCGGAGCAAGGUGUGUAAGCUGCGUGAGCGGCUCCAGGAGCAGCGACAGGCUCGGGAGCUGGAGCAGCACAAACAUGCCGUGGCACUCACGGACUUGCGCGCCAAACUCCACGAAGAAAAGCUGCGAGAGAUAGGGUCCGCGCGCGAGUCCCUGGCACGGCAGCACGAAGUUGAGCUCGCACGGGCCAUCAAGAUCCGAGAUACAGAGGUGCAGAGGCUUCAGGGGCUUGUGAACGCCCUGCGAGACGGAGCCGCCGAGAAGCUCAAAAACGCUCUUCUGCUAGAAGCUCGGGAGGAGGCCAGGAGGGCGUUUGAUGGGGAGAGGAUUAAGCUACAGCAGGAGAUCCAGGAACAGAAGACGGCCAGGAAGCAGGCUGAGGAGGCACUGGCAAAUGCUCUGCAGGCUGAUAAAGCCAAAGCUGCAGAUCUGCGCACAGCCUACCAACAGCACCAGGAUGAGGUGCAUCGCAUCAAACGGGACUGUGAGAAAGACAUCCGCCGAGUGAUGGAUGAGUUGAAGGCAAAGGACCGCGUUGUGUGUGCUCUGGAGAGAGAGCUGGGCGCGCAGGCCGGCUACGCCCAGAAGCUUCAGCUCCAGAAGGAAGCUUUGGAUGAGCAGCUGGGCCAGGUACGAGAGGCUGAGAGACACAACCACGGCAGCCCAAAGAGAGAGGUUGUACCUGGGUUAGGGGACAACAAUGAGCAGCUCAACAACCAGUUUAUAUCUUCCUCCUCCUCUCCUCUGCCCGCUGCUCAACAGGAGUCUGAGGAACGUGACAUGAGACGGUUCCAGCUGAAGAUCGCAGAGCUUCACUCAGUUAUCAGGAAGCUGGAGGACAGAAAUGCCCUGCUGGCUGACGAGAGGAAUGAACUAUUGAAGAGAGUUCGAGAGGCAGAGAGUCAGAUGAAGCCGAUAUUUGAGAAGAACAAGCGGCUGUCUAAGAAGAAUGACGACCUCUUGCAGACGCUGCAGCGCAUGGAGGAGAAACUGAAGAACCUGAGCCGUGAGAACGCUGAGAUGAAGGAAAAAGCCUCUCGGCCGCCCUCACAACAACAGUCCAUUCAGCCUCAGCUGAAGCGGCCGAGCUCGCUGACGGACUUAAGUCAUGCCCAUGAAGAACAAGAGGUGGAAUUUCUCAAGCUGCAGGUUGCUGAGCAACGUGGCAUCAUUGACGAGCUCACGCAGGAACGUGAGCGUUUGGUGAUGAGCAAAAAGAACCGGAGGAAACCCCUGAAGCUGUCAAAAAGGCAUGUUGUGGAGACAUAUUUUGGAUUUGAUGAGGAGUCCAUAGACUCUGAAACCUCAUCUCUCACUUCCUACAACACUGACCUCACUGACCGCACGCCUGCCACACCAGAGGAAGACUUGGAAGAGAGCAUUUCCCGUGAGGAGUCGGAGCUUCGUUUCCGUCAGCUCACCAGAGAAUACCAGGCCCUUCAGCGUGCCUACGCCCUGCUGCAGGAGCAGACUGGAGGCUCUCUGGAUGCCGAGAGGGAGGCCAGGACGCGUGAGCAGCUGCAGUCGGAGCUGAGCAGCUGCCAGGCGAAGAUUGUUGACUUGGAGAAGGCUUUGGCAGAGCGGGGACAGGACUCAAAGUGGGUGGAGGAGAAGCAGUUCUUGCUCCGAACGAACCAGGAACUUCAUGAGAAGAUGUGUGCUUUGCAGCAGGCGGAGUCGCGGCUACAGGCCGAAGUUCAGGAUGCCCGAGACCAGAAUGAGCUGCUGGAAUUCAGGGUGCUGGAACUGGAAGAGAGAGAGCGCAGAUCUCCUGCCCUCAAUCUCCACAUGUCUGCGUUUCCUGAGAACAGCAGCAGUGCCCUGCAGAUCUACUGCCGCCAGGAGGGCGUGAAGGAUGUCAUCAUCCCUGAGCUGAUGAAGAAACUGGAUAUCCUUGGGGACAAUGGAAAUCUCAGAAACGAGGAGCAGGUGGCUGUGAUCCAGGCGGGAACAGUGAUAUCUCUGUGUGAGAAGUGGUUGAAGCAAAUAGAUAACACAGAGGCAGCACUCACACAGAAGAUGAUUGAUCUGGAAAAUGACAAGGAGCUGUUCAGUAAGCAAAAGGGAUUUCUAGAGGAGGAGUUGGACUACAGGAAACAGGGCUUGGACCAGGCCUACAUGAGGAUCGAGGAGCUGGAGGCCACGCUGUAUAGCGCUCUGCAGCAGGAGCAGCCGGCAUGUCGAGCUGUGGCUGAGUCGCUGACAGACAGGCAGAGGGAGGAGCUGAGGCUCGCCGUGGACAAGCUGCGGCGUCAGAUUCUCCGGCAGAGCCGGCAGUAUGACAGUCAGAUCUUACAGGAGCGCAUGGAGCUCCUACAGCAGGCCCAGCAGAGAAUUAGAGAGCUGGAGGACAGGAUUGACUUUCAAAAGAGACAAAUAAAAGAUAUAGAGGAAAAGUUUUUGUUCCUCUUUUUGUUUUUCUCUUUAGCAUUUAUUCUUUGGCCUUAAUGAGAGUAACUAUGGACCUGCAUCAGGUGUUAAGGUGCUGCGGAGUCAAGCGAGGAUGAAAACAAAUCAAAUUAUUUUUUAUGCAUACUUAGA